UUUAUUGGGCUCAUCACAGUCACGAGAAAUUUGCCAGUAAAAAUUUUUCCUGUGAAUAAAAAGUGAUUUUUGUCAACCGUCAAGAUGGCUAUGAGUGAUCAAGAUGUCCAAAAACAGAUUAAACACAUGAUGGCUUUCAUAGAGCAGGAAGCCAAUGAAAAGGCAGAAGAAAUAGAUGCUAAGGCUGAGGAAGAGUUCAACAUAGAGAAGGGAAGGCUUGUUCAGCAACAGAGAGUUAAAAUCAUGGAGUAUUACGAGAGGAAGGAGAAACAGGUGGAACUACAGAAGAAAAUUCAAAGUUCCAAUCUGCUGAAUCAGGCAAGACUACGGAUUCUGAAGAUGAGAGAAGAUCUUCUGAGGGAUUUGAUGGAAGAUGCCAGAAAAAGACUUGGUCAGAUCACAACAGACAGAAAUCAGUACAAGAAGUUACUAGAGGGACUGAUAGCUCAAGGCCUGUUUCAGCUUAUAGAGGCGUCCGUUGUACUGAGAUGUCGACAGAAUGAUGUGGACUUAGUGAAGGAAAGUCUUCCGUCAGCUGUACGGCAGUACAAAGAAGCCACAGGGAAUGAUGUCUCCAUCACCAUAGAUACGGACAACUUCCUGGGAAAUGAUGUGUCAGGAGGGGUUGAACUUUUAGCCCAGAGUGGGAAAAUCCGAGUAGAAAACAUGCUGGAGAGUCGGCUUGCCCUUAUGAGUCAACAGAUGAUUCCAGAGUUGAGAACGAUUUUGUAUGGAGCUAAUCCCAACAGGAAGUUCAUGGAUUAAACCCAGCAGUUGUUUAUAGUCAUUAUAUACUGUACCUAGGUCAUCUCAUAUGUAUAUCAAAACUGGAUCAAUACGCAAGUCUAGUCAGUGGGAACUUCAUGGUUGAUACUUUAUAGUUUUGUUUAACUUCAUGUGCAAAGGUUUGCACACAUAACAUAUAGUAAUGUGUAAUCUUCAAAUGAUUUAGGAUAUUAACAUGAUGUCUGAAUUUUAAAAAACAAAUUUCCAAAAACAUUGCAUUUAAUAGCAAAAUGAUGUACAUGUAUUUGUAAUUCAUUUGUUUACUAGUAUGUGUAGAUCUUGUAUAAUGAACAAACUAAGGCAUAUAUGUUGGAAAUAUUUAUCUUUAUGAUGUCUCUGUCAGUACUAUUUCCUGCAAGGUUGAAAUCCAUGACAUGAUAUUGAUUGUACGAGUUAUUUCCCUUUGACUGUGUUUUUACUAUGUAAACAGAAGUAGUCUUAUAGUCGUGUCAAAGUUACUGUGAUCAUUCCAGUCCUAAGUACAGGUGUACUUAUCAGUGCUACAGAUUGUGUAAUAUGUGUAUUGUUGAUAUUUAAUCAAGAUUAUAGAAUAUAUAAAACAUUGAAAAUUUGAAA